AGCUAGGGUCAGAGUGGCUGGCCAAAAAUAUGAGUCAACAGUGUGACGCUGUUGCAGAAAAAGCGACCAUCGUUCUGGGCUGGAUUAGCGGGAGUGUUGUCAGGCAGACACGAGCAGUCAUUCUUCCGCUCUGCUCCGCGCUGAUUAGGCCUCAGCUGGGGGCGUACGUGCCAAAGACCUUCCAAGCGGGUACCACGCCAUGCCAAGCCACCCCUGCUCAACGCCUGGCUUCAGAGUGGGCUGCGAAAUCCCCGUUCCAUCGUGUUCAGCCUCCUUGCCAGAGCGCACCUGGGCAAGGGACGCCCGCUCGGCUUGACAGCAGCUGGCACGGAGCCCUGGGCCCCGCCCGCCCGGCAGGCGAGUCAGUCGGCUCCGAAUCCCGCCCCUUUCCCUGCUGAAGAGUCAGUCGUCAGGGCACCCGAAAAGUCAUUCGGUGCCAGUGCAACCAGGAGCACCUUGUUCCCCCCGCGCCCGAGCGAGCGACAUGGAGAUCACCGCGGCCACGCUGCUUCUGCUGCUCCUCGGCCUCUCCUGCCUGGUCCUCUACCUCCGCGGGAAGGGCCAGCGGAAGGGGGGGUGUUUGCCCCCGGGCCCCCGCCCGCUGCCCCUGCUGGGGAACCUGCUGCAGUUCGAUACCAAGGACAUGGCCAAAUCUCUUCUCACGCUAAGCGAGCGCUACGGCCCCGUCUACACCCUCCACCUGGGCCCCCAGCGGAUGGUGGUGCUGUGCGGCUACCAGGUGGUGAAGGAGGCCCUGGUGGACCAGGCCGAGGCCUUCAGCGGGCGCGGGGAUCUGCCCGUGUUGUUCCGCUUAACCCAAGGAAACGAGCACUUUAGAUCAAGAGUCAGUGUCACCGGCCAUCUGCGGCUCGGGGCCCCCCGCGUGCGCCCGUUCCCGCCGCUCACAGCCGGUUCCCUCCCCUCGCCAGCCGCGCCCUUCGACCCCACCUUCCUCAUCAGCCAGGCCGUCUCCAACGUCAUCUGCUCCAUCGUCUUCGGCGACCGCUUCGACUACCAGGACGGGAGCUUCCUCACCUUGGUCGGCCUCAUCAACCGGAACUUCCAGCUGCUCAGCUCCCCGUGGGGGCAGAUGUACAACAUCUUCCCCGGCCUCAUGUCCUGUCUGCCGGGGCCUCACAACAGGAUCUUCGAGAACUUCGAGCAGCUGCAGCUCUUUGUGCUGGAGCGGGUGAAGAUGCACCAGGAAUCCUUUGACCCCAACUGCCCCCGUGACUUCAUCGACUGCUUCCUCCUCAAGAUGGAGCAGGAAAACCAGGACCCGCUGAGCUACUUCCACACGGAGACCCUGGUGAUGACCACGCACAAUCUGUUCUUCGCGGGCACGGAGACCGUCAGCACCACCCUGCGCUACGGCUUCCUGCUCCUCAUGAAGUACCCGGAGAUCCAGGCCAAAGUCCACGCUGAGAUCGACCAGGUGAUCGGGCGGCACCGCAGCCCUUCGGUAGAGGACCGGAGCCUCAUGCCCUACACCGACGCCGUGAUCCACGAGGUGCAGCGCUUCGGCGACGUGAUCCCCAUGGGGCUCCCGCACGUGGUGACCCGGGACACCCACUUUAGGGGUUUCCUGCUUCCAGAGGGCACCAACGUGCUCCCGCUGCUGUUCUCUGUCCACAACGACCCCGCCCAGUUCAAAGACCCGGCCACAUUUGACCCGGUCCAUUUCCUGGACCCGAGCGGAGGCUUCCGGAAGCAUGACGCCUUCAUGGCCUUCUCCGCAGGGAAGCGGGUGUGCCUGGGCGAGGGCUUGGCCCGCAUGGAGCUCUUCCUCUUGUUCACCACCAUCCUGCAGCGCUUCGUCCUCACACCCCUCGUCCGCCCGGAGGACAUCGACAUCUCGCCCCUGAUGAGCGGCCUGGGGAAUGUGCCACGCCCCUACAAGUUCCGGGCUGUCCCUCGCUGA